UUAAAUAUUAAUUCAAAUAAAAUAUUUUUUUAUUUCAUUUUAAUUUUUAGAACUUUAAUUUCAAUCUCCUCUAAUUCUUGAUUAGGAUGCUGAAUUGGCUUAGAAAUUAAUUUACUCAGAUUUAUCCCCCUAAUCUCCAGUCAUAAAAAUCUUUUAUCCUCUGAAGCAGCACUAAAAUAUUUUUUAACACAAGCUAUUGCUUCUAUUAAUUUUUUAUUUUCUAUUUUAAUCAAAAUAAUUUUAUUAAAAAAUUUUGAAAUUAAUAAUUUAAUUUCAAUUAUAAUUAACUCUUCUAUAUUAAUAAAAAUAGGAUCUUCCCCCUUCCAUUUCUGAUUUCCUAAUAUUAUUGAAGGUUUAUCAUGAUUAAAUUGUUUUAUUUUAAUAACUUGACAAAAAAUUUCCCCUAUAAUUCUUCUUUCUUAUUACAUAAACAAUAAUUUUUUAAUAAUAAUCAUAAUUAUUAAUGUUGUUAUUGGAGUUUUAGGAGGUAUUAAUCAAACUUCCUUACGUAAAUUAAUAGCAUUUUCUUCAAUCAAUAAUCUAGGUUGAAUAUUAACUACUUUACUUAUUAGAGAAAAUUUAUGAAUAUUUUAUUUAAUUAUAUAUUCAUUUUUAAUUAGAAUUUUAUGUUUUUUAUUUUAUAUAUUAAAUGCUUAUUUUAUCAAUCAAUUAUUUUUUAUUAAUAUAAAUUCGAUUAUAAAAAUUUCUUUAAUAAUUAAUUUUUUAUCUUUAGGAGGACUUCCCCCAUUUCUAGGAUUUUUUCCUAAAUGAAUUACUAUUAAUUUUUUAAUUAUAAAUAAUUUUUUAUUAAUUUCAUUUAUUUUUAUUAUAAUAAGAUUAAUUAUAUUAUUUUUUUAUAUUCGUGUUAUUUAUUCUUGUAUUAUAUUUAAUUAUUUAAAAUUAAAAUGAUUUAAAUUUUAUUUAAAUAAUAAUUCAAUAUCAUUUAUUAAUUUUUUUAGAAUAAUUUCUUUAUUAGGUAUAAUUAUUAGAACUUUUUUUUUUAUAUAA